AUGAACCCCCACGUGCACCUACUGAUCAGAGCAGAGUCGGUGAAGUCACCCCACCCACUCGCCCCACUCAUAGAGCCUUGGGCUACGCGUUUUGCAAAGCGCAGCCCUAGGGCAGCGGAACCAGUAGCGGAUGCAGCGAGGCAGCACCCCCACCACGUGGCGCUCAUUGCUGAGGGCUUUCUGGCCGUUCCCCCCUCCCUUUCUCCCCUUCUCCUCUCCUCCUUUCCCCCUGCCCCCCUUCCCCCCCCCUGCCCCGCGUCCCCCCCCCUGCCCCCCUUCCGUCCCCCCGCUCCCCAGGCAAAGCGCAGCCCCAGAGCAGCGGAGGCAGUGGCGGACGCGGCACGGCAGCACGCCCACCACGUGGCGCUCAUCGCUGAGGGCUUCCUGGAGGCGCGCACCGUGCUGCACCGCGCUCCACCGCCCAAUGAGGCCGCUCCACGUGGCGCCCAGAUGGUGGGCCCCUCUCCUGGUGGAGGAGGAGGAGGGCCCGCGGCGGGCGCUGGUGGUGUGGCAGCGGUGGCGAUGGCGGGUUCAAUAGGGCGACUGCCACAGCAACCCGGGGCGCCCAUGGGUCAGCAGGCAAAGCAGGAGCCCGUGUAUCCCACGCCACCACAGCAGCCCCUUGCCCGCCCUGCUGCCCCCUCCCCCUCCCCCUCCCCCUCUCAAUCCUUGCGUGCACACCAGCCCCCCUUGCCUGCUGCAGCGGGGGGAGGCGUGCCAGUGGGGAUGGGGGGAGGGCCAGCAGGCGCCAUUUCUGGUACCGCCACUGGUGCCGCUGGGGGUGCUGGGGGUUCUGCUUCUGCGGUGGGUGCGGGCCCAGGGACAGCAGCGCCCAUGCCCUCUCUCCGCACCACGAGCCCCAGCCCCCAGUUCUUCCCCUCCGGGCAGCAGCAGCAGCAGCAGCAGCAGCAGCAGCAGCAGCAGAAGCCACCACAGGCGUAUCAGCAGCUGCUUCCGCAGCAGCAGGCAGCACAGCAGCAGCCGCAGCCGACAGGAGUGGCUGUGCCGGCAGGGGCGAGGCUGGGAGGAGGCAUGGCAGGGCAGCUGGCGGGUGCUGCGGGGAUGGGACCAGCUGGGAGUGGCGCUGCUGCAGGGGCUCUGCCUGGUGCUGCUGCAGGCGCUGCUGCUGCUGCUGGAGGGGCGGGCAGAGUGGCAGUGGGUGGUGGGGCUGCUGGGGUGGCGGGAGUGGCAGUAGCAGGAGCAAUGCAGCAGCCUGGAGUGCCUCUGCAGGCACAUCAGCAGCAGCAGCAGCAGCAGCAGCAGCCUACUCAGAUGGUUGCUGGGCCUGGAGGUCGCAUGAUGCCCCGCGCCGCCUCUAUAGGCAUGGCAGCAGCAGCAGCAGGAGCACCUGCAGCAGGUAUGGGUGCAGCCAUACCAGCAGCCGUUCCCGGACCUCAGAUGGCCAGGCCUGGAAUGCCCAUACCAACCGGAGGCCCGGGAGGAGCAUCUGGCAUGGCAGGACGCGGAGGACCGGGCUCGGCUGCCUCCCAGCCAGGCCUUGCCCGUGGGCUGGCACCAGGUCGGGGAGCAGGCCCGGGAGCAGGUCCGGGAGUAGGCUCGGUAGCAGGGUUCAUGGGGCGAGGAGGUCCGGGAGUGGCAGCAGAGGUGGUGGGGGAGUCAGGGGGGGGUGCAGCAGCAGCAGGCAUGGGUGGGCGGGGGGUGGGCCUGCCAGUGACAGCGCAGCAGGGCAGGCCGGGGCCGGCAGCAGUGGUGGGUGGUGGGGGGAGCAUGGGGAUGGGGAUGGUGGGAGCAGGUGGAGCAGCAGCGGGGCCGAUGGUGGGGGGGCAGGCCGGCAUGGCAAGGCGUGUGGUAGGGGGCGUUGUGGGGGUGGGUGGUCCCAUGGCAGGGGCACCGGGAGGGCCUGUGGGAGUUGGUGCGGGCAUGGCAGGGGCGGCAGGGGGUGGAGCCGCUGGUGGUGCUGGCGGACAAAUGGGCCAGCGGCCUCCCCUGCAGCAGCAGCAACAACAGCUGCAGCAGCAACAGCAGCAGCAGCAGCAGUUCCAGACACCGCAACGACCAGCACAGCCACCGUUUCAGUAG